AUGAAGCUCCUCAAAAGACCUCUAUAUUCUGUGCUGCUGCUGCUGUUGCUGCUGCUGCUGCUGCUGCUGCUAGAAGCCAUGUUGAUAUCCGUGAUCCGUGUAGCCACUGCAGGCUGUGGUAAUGCCCCAUGGUUCAUGAAGCCACUGGGGAUCAUGUUGCUGUCUGUGAUCAGGAUGUGUGUACUGAAGGAGGCCAUGUUGAUGCCUGUGAACUCCUCUGAUACAGCAUCCACCCUGGCCAUCCUCCAAGUACUCAGCGAUCUGCUUUCUGUUGGCACAGACCGGAGGGUUUAUUAUAUGAUCAGCAAAGGUGGCAGCGAAGCCCUUCUGCAGACUCUGGUGGACACAGCAAGGUCAGCUUCUCCUGACUGGGACAUCCUCCUGCCUCUCUUCAGGCUGCUGGCUAAAGUUGGCCUAAGAGAUAAGAAGUUUGGACAGAAGGCACUAGAAUUAGAAGCACUUGAUGUGACCUUGAUUUUGGCCAGGAAAAACCUGUCUCAUAGCCAGAACCUCCUGCACUGUCUCUGGGUAUUGCGUGUGUUUGCCUCCAGUGUAACCACGGGAGCCAUGCUGGGAAUUAAUGGAGCGAUGGAACUGCUCUUCAAGGUCCUUUCUCCUUACACCCGAAAGCACACCCGGACAAUCAGGGCAGCCACUGAAGUUUUGGCAGCAUUGUUGAAAUCCAAGUCCAACAGCCGCAGGGCUGUGAAUAGAGGCUAUGUCAACAGCUUGCUCAGGCUGCAUCAGGACUGGCACAGCCGCGAUGUGACCAAUACCUAUGUGAUGAUCCGCCAUGGGCUUCUGCUCUGCCUCAGGCACAUUGUUGCCCUCCGCUCUGGCAGGGAGGCCUUCCUGGCAGCCCAAGGCAUGGAGACUCUCUUCAGCAUUGCACAGACCUGCCUGGAGAACAAGAACAUGGAACUUGUGAUCUCUGCUGUGAUUCAGAUCCUCAGACAGUGCUACCCUGCAAGUUGGCUUCCCCUGGUCACAGCCAGCAGUGCCUACACCUUCCCAGCCCCUGGGAGCACCAGCUCAGAGCUUCCACUCCAUCUAACUGAAGAAGAUUUUGACGAUGAUGGUGAUGAAGAGAUGGACAAAGACUCAGAUGUGGAGGCUGUGAAAGAAGAUGAUGACUUAGAAACUGAUAUGAGCAAACUUAGUCCUAAGCCCGGUCUUGACCUCCCUGAGGAGGAAUUUGCACAGUAUGGUGCAAUGUGUCCUGAGCUAUCCUGUAGCUUUGAGGAACUGGAACCCAAAUGUGGAGAUGAUUUGAACAACAGAGACACUCUGCAUGCCAAUCACCACCACAUUCCAAGUGCUGCCUCUCUCGGACAACACUGUUUUAACUGGGAGCACAGCUCCUGGGGACAAGAAAGAGAAGACACAGUCCACAUGUCCAUUCUGCACAUGGUGAAGACAGGGAAGUCCAGUGUACUGUCAUCCUCAAAACAGAGAUCUGCAACAAAUGUGAACCAAAGCAUACAACAAAAUGGUUUGGAGAUCAGUUCUUCUGGACAUGAUACCUUUGACAUUCAGGCUCCCUUAGAACAGGCUGCUUGGGACAUAGAAGCAAUUUCUUGCCCAAGGAUAACUGCCUCAUUUCCCAAUUUGACUAAGCCAGAAGAAAACAUUGAGGCAGCAGAGAGGCUUCUGCACACACAUGCCAAACACAUACCUUUCCACGAUCCUCAUCUUUAUAUGGCCAAUGCUACUAGAGCAAGAUCUGCCGUGGGAUUCAAGACAGUGGCAUUUCCUGAUCUCUGGGGCCACUAUCCACCUCCCACUGCUCAACCCAUGCUGGAUCGCAAACUGGGAAUACAGAGGAUCAAGAUACUUGAGGAUGUCCGGAGGCUCCUCCAGCCAAGUGAUGUUGUAAACAAAGUUGUCUUCAGUUUAGACGAGCCCGGGUCUUUGCAAGGCAGCAUUUCCAAUUGCUUAAGGUUCCACUCCAAGUUUGAAUCAGGAAAUCUCCGUAAAGCCAUCCAAGUGCGGAUGCAGCCGACCCUGUAUUCUGUGAAAGAAGCUCUCCUUGGCCGACCUGCCUGGAUACGGACAGGCUCUGAAAUUUGUUACUACAAAAAUCACUACCGUCAGAAUGCAGCUACCACGGAUGGAGCAUUCGGGAAGCGCUACUACACGCUUACCUUCACUGUUACCUUCCCCCACCAUGAGGAUGCCUGCUAUCUGGCCUAUCACUAUCCCUACACCUACUCCACCCUCAUGACUCAUCUUGAAAUUCUGGAAAGAAGCAUCGACCACAGGGAAGUCUACUUCCGCCAUGAUGUUCUCUGCCAAACGUUGGGAGGGAAUCCAUGUCCACUGGUGACAAUCACUGCCUUUCCUGAAUCUAACAGCGCUGAGCAUCUGGAGCAGUUCCGCUGUCGUCCAUAUCAGGUGAUCACAGCCCGAGUUCACCCAGGAGAGAGCAAUGCCAGCUGGGUGAUGAAGGGAACCUUGGAGUUCCUGGUCAGCAGUGAUCCUGUGGCAAAGCUCCUGAGGGAAAACUUCGUGUUCAAGAUCAUCCCUAUGCUCAAUCCAGAUGGUGUCAUCAAUGGCAAUCACAGAUGCUCACUGAGAGGCGAGGAUCUCAACAGGCAGUGGCUUUUUCCCCAAGCUCAUCUCCAACCAACCAUCUACCAUGCCAAAGGUCUCCUCCAUUACCUAAGCAGUACUGGCCGGGGGCCUGUGGUCUUCUGUGAUUUCCAUGGUCACUCCCAAAAGAAGAAUGUAUUCCUUUAUGGUUGCAGCAUGAAAGAAACUUUGUGGCAAGCAGGCUGCACUGUGGGUGAAUCUGCCCUCUUGGAGGAUGUCAGCUACAGGACACUUCCUAAAAUCCUGGACAAGCUAGCACCAGCAUUCACCAUGAACAGCUGCAGCUUUCUGGUGGAAAAAUCACGAGCGUCCACUGCCCGAAUAGUGGUGUGGAGAGAGAUGGGGGUUUCCAGAAGCUAUACCAUGGAGAGCAGCUACUGCGGCUACAACCAGGGCCCCUAUCAGGGUCUACAGUUUGGUACUGGAGAACUGGAAGAAAUGGGAGCCAUGUACUGCUUGGGACUGCUCAUCUUGGAACUCAAAUCUGCAAGCUGUAGCCAUAAGCUCUUGGCUCGAGCUUCAACUCUGCUGAACGCGGAUGUUCUGGAACACUACCUCCAGCGGUGCAGUAGCAGCAGCAGCAGCAGCAACAGAACCUCUGAGGUAGAUGAUGAGCCAUAUUGCAUGGAGGAGAUUGACUACAAUGCAGACAGCAGCUCAGACUCAGAACAGAACUUCACUGAACUAGACCGGCAGAUCCAGGAGUGUGCCUUAAACAAGGAUGAAGAAGAAGAAAAAGAAGAAGGGACAGGAUGGAGAAGAAGAUCUGUCACCUAG